UCUCUCUCUCUCUCUCUCUCUCUCUCAUCGCGGGAAAAUGGCAGAGGCCAGUAUUUCAGUAGAUCAGGAUCAGUUCAGCUGUCCAGUGUGUCUGGAUCUCCUGAAUGAUCCAGUGACUAUUCCCUGUGGUCACAGUUUCUGUAAGGUGUGUAUUAAUGCUCACUGGGAUCAGGAGGAUGUGAAGGGUGUCUACAGCUGUCCUCAGUGUAGAGAGACUUUCACUCCAAGGCCUGUUCUACACAGGAACAACAUGCUGGCUGAAGUAGUGGAGAAACUGAAGAAGACUGAACUCCAAGCUGCUUCUUCUGCUCACUGUUACGCUGGACCUGGAGAUGUGGAGUGUGAUUCCUGCACCGGGAGAAAACACAAAGCUGUUAAUUCCUGUCUGGUUUGUCAGGCCUCCUUUUGUGAAGAUCAUCUUAAACCUCACUAUCAGUCUCCUGCCUUUAAGAAGCACAAGUUAGUUGAAGCCUGUGCAGAGCUCCAAGAGAAGAUCUGCUCUGAACAUGACAAACUGAUGGAGAUCUACUGUCGUACUGACCAAAGCCUCAUCUGUUACUUGUGUAUGAUGGAUCAUCACAAAGGUCAUGAUACAGUUUCAACUAAAGCAGAAAGAACUAAAAAACAGAAUGAGUUAAUGCGCUCGGAGGUGACGGAGCUGAUCAGAGCUCAGGAGAAAGCUGAAGUGAGUCGAGCUGAACGACUCCUGAAUCAACUGGAGCAGGAGAUUGCUGAUCUUAAGAGGAGAAUCACUGAGAUGGAGCAGCUUUCACACACACACGAUGACCUCCACUUCCUCCAGAGUUUCCCGUCUCUCUGUGUUUCUCCUGGAUGUGACGACUCACUCAGCUUCACUGUCAAUCAACAUCUCUCAUUUGAUGGAGUGAGGAAAUCUCUCUCAGGUCUGAAAAAACGAGUCGGACAAAUCUGUGAGGAGGAAUUCAACAAAAUCAGACCACAAGCUGCAGCAGUUCAGAUGGUUUUACCUUCAGAACCAAAGAGCAGAGAAGAUUUUCUGCAGUAUUUCUGUUAUCUGACUCUGGAUCCAAACACAGCACAUCAUCGACUCAUUCUGUCUGAGAAGAACAGAGUGGUGACACAGACUGAGACAAGACAGCGAUACUCUGAUCAUCCAGAGAGAUUUGACUACUGGUCUCAGGUGUUGUGUAAGGAGAGUGUGUGUGGACGCUGUUACUGGGAGGUGGAGUGGAGCCGUGAUGUGUUCAUAUCAGUGUUAUAUAAAGAGAUCAGCAGGAAAGGACGGAGUAAUGAGUGUUGGUUUGGAUUCAACAGUCAGUCCUGGAGUCUGUGGUGUUCUUCUUCCUCUGUCUCUUUCUAUCACAACAGCAUUAAGACUGAGCUCCGAGGUCCAUCAUCCUCCAGAAUAGGAGUGUAUGCGGAUCACAGUGCAGGAACUCUGUCCUUCUACAGCGUCUCUGACACCAUGAGGCUCCUCCACAGAGUCCACACUACAUUCACUCAGCCUCUAUACGCUGGAGUCAGUAUGUGGAGUUAUAACUCAUCUGUGAGGUUUUGUGAUCCAAAAUAAAAUGUUAGUAAAAGUGUUUAUAAAAA